AUGACCGACUGUUUCUCAAGAUAUUUGUGCGGUCUUCGUCUACAUGCCUUUCCUCUCACUGAUACCAAUGGCCCGGUUGCAACUCUCAUGACCUUGGACACGGUCUAUGUCGCUCUCUUGAUCCACGUUAUCUUUUACUAUACGGUGACAAAUUUCGGAGAUUUCCUCGCUCUUCUCAGCAGCACCUCGACUCUGAUGAUUCAAGUCUUCAUAGGGCACCUUUCGACGUGCAUGGUGCAACAGUUCUUUGCGUAUCGUGUUUAUCGAUCCUCGUCCGUAGUAUUCACGGUGAAAGGCCUCCAGUUCAAAUAUUUCUCCAAGACGGGGGAGAACCUGCCGUGGUCGGUUAGUGCGCUCUCAAUCGACUUCGCCUGUGAUGUUGUUAUCACUAUCGCGAUGGUGUACUAUCUCAAUCGAAGUCGUACACAAUUUGCAAAGACAAACAGAGCGAUUAAUAUGCUUAUCACGUACUCGCUGAACACCGGUUAG